CGCCCCCCGCCCCCGCCAACUCGCGACGCGGAUGGGACGGCGGAGGACCCAGCGAGCAUGCGCGACCAUCCCGAGCAUGCUCAGUAGCGCUUGCGGUGCCCCGGACCUUCGGCCCAGAGCUGCGGCCGACGCGGAGGUUUCGGCGGCUUCUGCGGCGGUGACGGGAAGUGAGGUGGUGCGGCUGGGCGACCGCGGCGGCACAAACAGAGGCGGAAGGGUCGCUGCGGCGACGACGCCGUCGACCCGGGUGACCGAGGGGGCUGAGCGCCGAGGGCACUCACCCGCUCGGAAGCCGGAUCCCGAGCCGGGCAGGAUGGAUCAUCACCAGCCGGGGACUGGCCGCUACCAGGUGCUUCACAAUGAAGAGGAUAAUUCAGAAUCAUCUGCUGUAGAGCAGCCGUCAACUUCAAACCCAACACCACAAAAUGUGCAGGCUGCUCCUUCAGCAUCUGGACUUGAGACUGACUCGUCUCCUCCACCUUAUAGCAGUAUUACUGUGGAAGUACCUACAACUUCAGAUACAGAAGUUUACAGUGAGUUUUAUCCUGUGCCACCUCCUUACAGUGUUGCUACCUCUCUUCCUACGUAUGAUGAAGCUGAGAAGGCCAAAGCUGCUGCAAUGGCAGCUGCAGCAGCAGAAACAUCUCAAAGAAUUCAAGAGGAAGAGUGUCCAACAAGAGAUGACUUCAGUGAUGCAGACCAGCUCAGAGUGGGUAAUGAUGGGAUUUUCAUGCUGGCGUUUUUCAUGGCAUUUAUUUUCAACUGGCUUGGAUUUUGUUUAUCCUUCUGUAUCACCAAUACCAUAGCUGGAAGGUAUGGUGCCAUCUGUGGAUUUGGCCUUUCAUUGAUCAAAUGGAUCCUUAUUGUCAGGUUUUCUGAUUAUUUUACUGGAUAUUUCAAUGGACAGUAUUGGCUUUGGUGGAUAUUUCUUGUACUUGGCCUGCUUCUUUUCUUCAGAGGAUUUGUUAAUUAUCUAAAAGUCAGAAACAUGUCUGAAAGCAUGGCAGCUGCUCAUAGAACAAGAUAUUUCUUCUUAUUAUAGAGCUUUACCAGAAGCAUAGUGAGAUCAGCAAGUACAACAAAAGUUUGCCCAAAGCUCAGAAGCAAUCUGGAGGACUCAGAAUGUGAAAAGUAACAAAUAACCUUGUUGGAAAGAUGAACUCUUCAGAGGUAUAAGAACUGUACUUGUGCAUAAAUCCCUAGUGUGGAAAUAUGUUAUUUCGUUUCCAUCAAACUUAGUUUUCUCAGCCAUGUAAAUUCCUGCAUAGUGAUUUGGUUUGACUAACUAUGGCAUUUGGGCUGUAAACCUUUAAUUCCCAUUUUAUUCAUUCAGAGAGAAGACCUAAAGACCCUUAAUUGCUGGCAAGCAUUGGUGACCACUCAUUCUAAUAUAAUAAAGUGUGAAAUAUCACUUCCUAAAUCCAGAUUUUUAAAAUGAUGAGACUGUGGAAAGCGUCAGUUCACUGAGGUUUAUGAACCUUCUUUUUUCAAACGGGAUAAAAUCAAACAAAAGUUUAAUAACAUGUAUACGUGGGAAAGACCCAGAAAAACUGAGUAACUCGCCAAAAUGGCUGAAACCCUCACCUUAAAUACCAUUUUCAGCUGAGAGUUAUGAACUUUUAAGAGACAGCUGGGUCGUACAUAUCCCUAAUUCUACAGGAUCUCCAGAGGUGAAUUUUUGAUUGAAUGAUUCUUUGAAUAUCUCUAGAGCUGUGAUUGUUAUUCAAUAUGGUGCAUUAUAGUCAACUGGGAAUUGGGGGGAAAUUAACAUCCCAGCCUCAAUUUCCAGAGGUUCCAGUGCAAUACAUCUGCCCUGUGACAGCACAUUUCCUUCCCAUAGUUUGAAGUUGUGGAUUUUGGUCUAGUAGUCCUGCUGAUGCCUCUCUUAUCAUGUGUUUCUCUCUAUAUCUAUCUCCUUGUGUACAAGUGAUAGGAAGUUACAAGUGUUAGGAUCAAGACGUAAGUCAGACUUUGCAGGGCAAGGAAAAGGCACGUAAUACAGAUCUCAAACGGUUAAUGAGCAUUUCUGGAGUUCUUGCUUCAUGACCUCUCUCACUGAGAGCCUUCUGGUUUUCCUGCCUUUAAACACACAGCGUGGCUCUCCGCAGGGCUGUAUCUGCAGGGCAGUGUGGGAGCGUUGGGACAGAAUAGAACUGUUUGUGCUGAGAAGGCAGUUACUUUCUCCAUAAUCCUGUAAAGCGAGCAGAAUUGGAUUAAUUACCAUAUAGUUGAUUUUUCUCGCCUCAAAAAAGUAUAAUGUUUUUCCACUAGUAUCUUCCCUGCUCUAUCCUUGAGGAGCCUGUGGAUGACUAAGAGAGGGAGCUUCGUGUAACAGAAAGACUGGGUUUUAGAGCUAGAUUACCCCCGGACUCAAAUACCAGCUCUCAUGCAAGCUCAGGCAAUUUGCUUAACCGACACACCUCAGUUUUCCCAUCUGUUUGUUGGGAAGCACAAUAUGUACCUGAGGAUUAGGUGAGAUUUAUGCCAAAGAAAAAGGUAGACACUACAUCUUUCGGCUCAGUGUGUUUGCUGACUGGGCUGCCAGUUAGUGUUAGCAAAUGCCUCCAGGACCUGAAGUAAGCCCUUGCCUGAUGUGGGCAUUUUAUCUGCCAGUCCCUUUGGAAAGGGUGAUUAUAGUAGCAUCACGUUGAUCGAGUGCUGGCUCCCUGUAUCUCCUCUGUGGCAAGUGGAAUUAAAGCAACAGUUGCCUAGAUGACCAUUGAUUUUAAGGGGCCCAGUUAUGCAAAGAGUGGAAGCGCUCCAACUGGUGGGGCAGAGGAAGCGCACACACGUCUCUGGGCUGAAGCUCGGAAGCCUACAGGCCAGUCCCCUCAGAGUUCCGCUGUGAGUUGAUGACACUCUAUCAUUGGUGACUCAUUGCUUUUGCUCAGGGAGCCAGUGCACUGAAAUCCUGGUUGGGAAGUGAACAGAAAAUAGGUUGGUGGGCAGGUGGUUUCUGAUUCUGGGAUAAAUUACUUCACCAGCUUUCUCUUAUGAAUGAUGGGUUCUUAGUCUUGGAUUUAUUUAUUUUUUUAAUGUCUAUGACUUUGAAAGGGAAACACAUAGAUUGGAGCUAAGUCCCUUGGACUCUACCGUGAUCGUAGUUGGGGUGAGAUGUUUUUGAGUGUCAGUUCAUAGUUCUUGAAGGGAUCAUGCUGUUGCCGCCACAUGAAAUCCAUCUCCUACCUUAUUCCUCUUCCCAUCUUCUUCAAAAAGAGCUUAAAUUCUCUCCUGCCCUGACUCUGGUCCUCUUGGUUCUUAGACCCCUCUAUUAUUCCCGUCAAGGCAUUUAUGACACUGCGCCAUCACUGUUGAUUUUUGUGUUUCUGUCCCCAGUGGUGGAUAUUUUCUCGUGUUCAGCUUUGCUUGCCUCCCCAGCACCUAGCACAGAUCUUGACAAAUUGAAUGAAUGGAUGGCUGGGGUGGGUGGCAUAGCUGCUAGGGCCGGGAUCUGUGUGUGUCCCUGGGUAUGUAAGAUGCUUUCUGCCCUUUAGCUCAGAGGCUAAUGGAAGCAGAUUUAUAAACCGAAAAAGGUGCUAACGUGAGAUAGAUGGGAACAGACAUCAUGGGUCUGAGUAAUUGAUCUCUGAGAGAACUAGGGCACCCUUCACUGCAGAGAUGACACUGGAACUAGACCUUGAAAAGAUGGAAGUGUGCAAGUAUGUUUAAACAUUUCAUAUGUUACCAUCUCUUUGCUGCUCCUCAGAAGGAACUAAUUGUCUCUUCAGUUCCCGUGAUACUGCACCUGAACCUCUUCACCUUCUACUCUGGGUCAGAGUAAUUUGCAUUCAUGCCUAGUCACUUCCGCUGAGGGUAGGAUCCAGGCCCAGUGUAACUUCAUAGUCCAGUGUGCCCAGCACACGGUUACACCUUUAAAAAGUCAAGUCCGAGAUUCUCCACCUGUCGUUGGAGCCAUUCACUUUACCGCUUGACAUAUUACUAACUUCAGAAGCCAGCAGUAGUAUAAGCACCCUCUUCUCCAAAUAUACGGGUACAAGAAAUAUAUGGAAUCAAUUGUGAUAUCUCCUUUUCACAUAUCUCUCAACUCCCUCUCCCUCUCCAGAAGUAACCACUGUUAACUAUCAUAUACUCUCACAGACGUUUUCCACAUACAUUAUUUUACUAGAAUGGCCCUGUGUUCUGUGAUGUCAGCAUGACUUCUAAUUUCAUCAAGGUGAGAUGUUCCCAGGCACAGUGUUGGAGAGAAUGUGCCUUUUUCUCUAUAUUCCAGGAGGCAGCUCUCAGGGGAGAGUAUUAUUUCUUCCUGCGAAUGUAGUUUAUUCCUGAGAAACCAAGGCUUAUUUCCGUGGUCCUUUAGUCUCUAGAUGAAGGAUGACUUGUGGCUUCAAGGCCUUUGGGAGCUGGGCUGCUCCAGGAUCAGGUAUUUGCAGCAUUUAAAUGUCCUGUCUUAUGAUCUCUUACAGCUGUUUUGGUGAGAAAUUCUCUAGAACCAGGUUAUUAGGUGGAAAGGGGUUGGGGUUGAUGAGGAUAACCAGCCUGGGUAGGUUUAGAGAAGAACAAAAUGAUUCUGGGUUUAAAGUUAAUUUUCCUUGCUUCAUUACCAAAAUUGUGUCCCAGGGUUCUCUGACUAAAGCAACAGAUAUUUAAAGCCCCUCCUUUCCUUUUCCCAAAUUUUUCCUGCCUUGGGCUCAAGUGUGACAUCUGGAGCUUAAGCAGCUAUCUUGUGCCAUUGAGGCAACAGUUGGUAGACUAAGUAUGUAGAGUGGUAAGGAAGGAGGAGCCGUGAGGUUCCCUGACAUCAUCGAGCAUUGCACCAGCCCUGGACCCACCUACCUUCCAACUUUUUGCUCAAUGAGAAAAAUAAAUUAUUUGCUUGGUUGUUAUUAGUCAAGUUUUUUACUACUGAUACUUAAGAGCAAUUCAAACUGAUACACAGGCAUAACUAUCUGUUUCCCCAAAAUUGACAGGAGAACUGCUCAGGCCAUCAGAAGCCACCAACAUGAAAAAGAAGUUAGAAGUCUUGCAUGCCCACAGGGUUACUGACCAUCCAAGCUCCUUGCACCUGGUUUAUUGAUUGUCAGUCAAGUCAUUGCAACAGCAGUGUGAAAGCAGUGGGUUUACAUCUGCUUUACUCUGCCCCUUCAUUCUCUUGAUUUUCCAGUUGGGAGCCCCACAGAGUGA